CAGCAGAGCGGAUCAGCUGAGAGCAGAAAGGAGCAAAAAUGUCGGACGAGGAGGACAUGGCUCCGGCCAUGAAGAAGAGUCGCGUUUUCUACGGCAGCCUGGAGGAGAAGGAGCGAGAGCGCCUCACGCUGGAGAAGGCGAGCAAUAUGGUUACAGGAAGUGACGCCUUGAGGGCGGGCAUCAAGGCGGGAAACAUCAACAUCUCAUCAGGAGAGACCAUGGAGAUGGAGGAACGGGUCAGCGAGCGGCAGCAGGAAGCACUCGCCGAGUUUGAGCGGCGCCGGCGAGCCCGGCAGAUCACCGUAUCCACCGACGACGCGGAGGUUAAAGCAGGCCUCCGAGCGCUGGGGGAGCCGAUCACGUUGUUCGGAGAGGGCCCGGCUGAUCGCCGUGAGAGGCUGCGAAGCGUUUUGUCCGUGGUCGGUCCAGAUGCUCUGAAGAAGUCCAGGAAAGACGAGGAAAGAGCCAAAAGGUCCCAUGAUGAGUGCCACCAGACAUGGUACCAUGAAGGCCCCUCCUCCCUGAGAGACGCUCGCCUGUGGUUGGCCAGAUACUCUCUACCACGGGCGAUGAAGCGUCUCGAAGCCGCACGUGCUCAGAAGGAGGUUCCUGAGGCGACAAAGACGAUCCGCCAACAGGAGCUCCACAAAUCCCUGAGGUUCUCUGUAGAACCUGAGUCUAAACCAGACCUUGUUUUUUUUUUAUUUUGCAGCCACCACCUGGCCACAGGAAGUGGUGACAACACCUGUAAGGUUUGGGAGCUGCGCAACAGGAAGUGUCUGUACACUGUCCCCGCCCACCAGAACCUGCUGUCAGCCGUCCGCUUCCAACCCACAGACGGUCACUUUCUGUUGACCGGAGCUUACGACAACACGGCGAAGGUCUGGAGCCACCCGGGCUGGAUGCCGCUGAAGACGCUGGCAGGACAUGAGGGGAAGGUGAUGGGCGUGGACAUGUCACCUGAUGGGAAGCUGAUCGCCACCUGCUCUUACGACCGAACCUUCAAACUCUGGCUGUCCGAAUGAUGUCAGCAGUGAUGUCAUCCAAUGAAAUACGAUUUUUUUUUUUGUUUUUUUUUAAUCUAAUAAAGAAGUUGAAUCUUU